CAGUACGUAGACGCCGAAGUACCGUCGACAACGAUGAAAGUACAUCGACGUGGUGCUUCGUCGCCUUCGUUACUGCUGGAAGCGUCCGAGCCGCCGACAUCUGUCAACGUUAAUGACAACUACUAUCAGUUUGAACUGGAACCACAUCAUGUGGAACGCGGUAAGCGCGGACAGAAGAUAUUCGUCUGUGAUCUCUGUCCAGCCCCCGGUGGCGUUUUUAAACGCUCCUUUAGUCUGAAGCGCCAUUAUUUGCGCUUUCACAUUAAUUUUGCCUUCCUGAGCCCUCGCGAUGUGAACAACUGCGCCAUAGCCGUAGCCGGCCAACAUCAACGAAGUGGAUUUCCGGCAUCGGGACCUAACGAUAGACUGAUUAACCGUCUUAAUAAUCCGUCUCCAUUGUUAUUCCGAUGUCACCAUUGCGGCCGUCUACUAAGGACCAAGAAUGACUUGCUCAAACAUUUGGAAUCGCACGGGGGACCAUCGCAGGCCGUAACGGCGGCUCUCGUCAAUGGCGAUAGGCAGCAGGGAGGCACUAAUCGCUGUCCUCGCUGCAGUACGGCAUUUUCGCUACGUAAAACUCUUCUGAGACACGUUAAGAAAAAUCAAUGUCGAGGAGGAAAUCAAUCCCCACCUGAGCUUCCUGGUCCACCUUCCAAACCGGAAUCCGAAACGGGCCUCCAGUCUGGAGAAACAAGUGAAGCUGGAGACGAUUUUUUGGCAAUAAGUCCAGCAGAGGAGAGUGAAGAAAUGGACAUGGAAGCAUCUUUGAAGCUGGGAUGUCCAGCCCCUGUUUUCCGAUUCGCUUGCACGCUGUGUUCCAAAAUGUUCAAUUCAUACAUCAACAUGUGUCGUCAUCGCCGAGGAGCUCACGGGCGAUAUGGCAUCUGCUCACCUGGUUGGUUGUUGUCGCGCAAGCUGUCUGGCAAACCAACAUUACAUCAGUCAACUCUGUCACCUAUGAUAUCGUCUGGAAAUCAGAUAAAUUCUCAAGAUUUAUUGCUCGUUAUUUCCAAUGCCAAUGAAAACCUCAACCGGUUUCUCGACGGUAAAACAAACCACAUCCGUUCUGUCGCCCCUGCAGAUGACAGAUUUGAUGUCGAGGCUUCAGACGGUGAUCCGCCACCACCUCAACGUUGGUCUUGGGGAGAAACUAACCACAGUGUCAGCGAAGUGCAUAAAUUGGAUGUGCCAAUUCAAAUGGCAUAUUUUAAUGGGUUGCAGUCGUGGAAAUUGCAAGAAAUUGUCAAAACUGACGGCAACUCUAGUCAAGCCGGUCCGGAAGGCUUGGACAUUUCAAAGGCGUUGAAUUUACUCCCUGCAAAAACUAAUCCAACAGUAACAGUGGAAACAGCCACUCGGCAGCCGGAAUUCAGUGGCGAGUGGAUUCGAAGAAAACGUUACAUUUGCUCACCGUGCGGGGAAAUAUUUCACGAUUUCCUAGCUCUAUUAGACCAUCAGCAAAAGGGUCACAACGGCAUUUGGUGCACUCAUAUUCAACUGGAUCAGUCAAUCGAAGUUGAUUUGGCCGGAGAGUUAACUCGACAAAUUACGCGUUCCGGCACUGGUGGACUGAAUCUUCCCCCAAAUACUUAUCAAUGUACCAAGUGCCAUUUCGUCGUCGAGUCAAUUCCAGAACUUCACAGUCACAUCCUCUUAUGUUCAAACCAUGUGUCGGCCAGUCCCUCCCGAAAACGUCGUUUAAAAGUGAAUCCCAGCUCCAGACGAAGUCAUUGGAAUCAGCCUGAAACUAAAAAUGGGCGAAGUAGAGGGAUGCAGAGAACAAUUUCUAGCCAAACGAAAAAUCCAUCGGCUACGCGAUCUCUUCGUAAUCGCUCACCUAAAGAAGAUGCUGUAGAUAAAGAUGCACCUGCCGGAGUAUUGCGGAGAAGUACUCGGCGUGUUCUUUCAUUUAGUGAACCUCCUCCGACAAAGAAGAAAAAGGGCAUUGUCACGAAAAGGCUUCUGCGUCAACGAGUCAGUCUGCAGCAAGUGAAUGGAUCCGUUACCCCUGUGAGACCCCACAAUGACGUGAAAAAAAGGACGACACUAAUUGUUGCAAAUUCUACUCCGAAAUCCUCGACUGAUUUACACGAGUGUGACGGAUGUCAGAAGAAGUUUCAGUCGCAUACAUCUGUCCUCAAGCACAAGCAUUAUUGCCCCAAGAAGCUGAUAGAAUCCAUGGAAGGCCGCACUCAACUUUCGGCACCAGAAAAGAAACAAAGUAGUGUUAGAACAAAAGUCCAAACAAAAAAACUGAUCCAGGAUUCUGGCAAAGUUAAAAGCAACGUGGGGAGUUCCAGUAAUAAGCGAAAAUCAGAUGUUCUGCCAAGUUCUCCGGUAAACGAUUCCAGAUCUGCCUCACAUGCUCGUACUAACGGUAGUCACCCUACAAUUUCCAAUGCACAGAAGAAAAAAUCAACCAGCUUUCCUUCUCCUGCCAUGCCUUCUCAAGUUUUAUCUGCUAAAUCUCCAAUCAAGUCAAAGCUGUUGAAAAAGGAUUCCGGAUCAAGCAAAUCUCAUCGGAAGACGACCAAGAACGGAUCUGUGAAAGAAGAAAGAGAAACCGAAGAGACUCCAGUGGCGGUAGAAAGAAGGCCUGUUCGUUCAAGUCGGAAGGUGUCGAUGGUGUUGGUUAUGGAAGAUCAAGUAGAGGCCAGUUUCUUAGAAGCAUUGUCACCUGAACAAAGAGUUCGAGUGACCGAGCAGAGAUGUCCAUUUUGCUCUAAGCAUUAUGUUUAUCGCAGUAACUUUAAAAGGCAUUUAUUAGAAGGUUGCGAUGCCAUUGAUGAGGAUGAACUUUCUGCUAACCUGUCUUCGAUGAUCAACAAGGAUGGUAAACAGACCGAUGCUAUUUCGUCCAGUUCAGAGUUGAAGAUGUACAGAAAAGAGAAACGCAAUCAAUCACUAGAAGAUUAUAAAACCGUUGGAAAUAAAUCGCAAAAAAAGGCAGUAGAGCAGAGGAAAAACGAUGUUUCUGAAGAAAGAAGUAAGAAGGCAAAAAUCGUGGUAAAGAAGAAUGAUAACGUGUCAAAUUCUAAAUCUGCCAAGUCGCAAGAGCCCAAAAAAUCUACAGAAAAUCGCACAGCGAGGGAGGCCGUUACAAAAAGUGAAUCAACACGAAAGUCAGCCCGUAAGGCAAAGCAGAUUCCUCAAAAACAAGUAGUCCUUAAAAAUCAGCAACAAAAAAAAGCGAAAUCUUCUGUAACACAAGCAGAUUCUAAUGAGAAAAAGAAAGUUAUGGACAUCUCGAAGGACAAGAAGAAAAAAAUUGUCAAACCAAGUUCUGAUAUGCUUGGUUUUCCGAGAAAUACCAACAAGAAGACAAAUAUGAAACCCAGCUCGUCGUUUUCGUUAACGAAUAAAAAACUUGUCAAAAGCAAUGAUGAGGUCUCCAGUCAAGAUGAAGAAGAACUCGCCGUUGCAAUCGAGUAUCUGCCUGAACCCAAUAGUAAUGGAAUUCGAGAAGGAGAUGAUCAAAAACAGACAUUUCUUACUGAAACAGAAUCCAAACAAAUUCUUACCAAGGGGGAAAGAGUUGGUUCUGAAGCAACUAUUAUAGGUAACAAAGGUGUUCGUACGAUUGACGAUUGUCAAACUUCUAGUACUUCAACUACGGAUUGUACUAUUCAACGCGACCAGGUCGUGUCAAAAGCAAUUACGUCAAAUUGUAGCGAGUCACACGCACUCGACAGGCUUCAACUUGGUCAAGCGCUAGAAAAAGCCAUUAAAAGUGGAAUUUUCAAAUCCUACUCCAGACUAACUAAGUACCCUACACGAAUGCGUCGUCUGAAAGAUAUGGCUCAAGCAUACCUACAGUCCACACGCUAGAAACGUGACCCCCUUCUACUUUCCGUUUUGCAAUGUGAAACGCUGUUUCUCCGCAUUAUUAGAGUAGUGAUUAGACCCGUAGUGAUUCGAACUCACGUUCUCUACCUCACUCAGUAACCGAGUCUAACCAACAAAUUCUCUUCGGUUCAAAUUCAUCAAAUUGCAUGAACAAAAAUCAGAUUCCGUGGGUCAAAUCAGUUUCAGCUGUCUACCUCGUUCCCUGCCACCACAUUUUCUUUUGAAAUCCAAUUUAGAGAUGGAACGUUUUUGUUAUGUGCAUGUAAAUAAUUUACGUUUAAUUCUUUCUUUUUUGUCUGGAUUUGGUCUCUACCGAGACAUCUAGAAGGCGACGAAUGUUUUCAUUUCAAUCGUGAUCUCUUUGCUGAUCGGGCUAAAGAAUUAAAAUAGCUCUCGGCAACAGUGAUACGCAAAUACAAUUAAAAUUUUCUA